CGCACCGCGGCGCCGCUGUCGACGAAACGACGCGAUGCAUUUAUUUACCAAACAAAUUAAUUUAGUUUAAACAACUGUGAUGAUUCCUCUGAGGGACUUGAGAGAUGGCUAUGAAGAUCUCGACGGUGAAGGUGAACAAGGGAGUUUCAGUGUAAAAUGGAAUGAUGUAAAAAGACUUAUCACGCCGCCGAUCUGGUGGCGCCAUGUUAAGAACUACCUGCGACUUUCUGUACCUUUGGAUGAGGACGAGGCCACGACGUCCGGGAUAACAGACGGUGCGGCGGACGAGCAGAACCGGGUGAUCUUCAUCAACCGCCUGCAACCGCAGAAGUUUGUCAGCAACAGGAUAUCCACCGCCAAAUAUAGUCUACCAUCGUUCGUGCCGCUGUUCCUCUUCGAGCAGUUCCGUCGGUACUCCAACUGCUUCUUCCUGCUGAUCGCGCUGCUGCAGCAGAUCCCGGACGUGUCGCCGACGGGCCGCUGGACGACGCUCACGCCGCUCAUACUGAUACUAACCGUCAGUGCUAUUAAGGAGAUCGUGGAAGACUUUAAGCGUCACCGAGCGGACGAGGAGACGAACCGCCGCAAGGUGGACGUACUGGGCGAGGGGGGGGCGUGGCGGUCGAUCCGCUGGGAGCGGCUGCAGGUCGGCGACGUGUGCCGCGUCACCAACAACCAGUUCUUCCCCGCGGACCUGGUGCUGCUCGCGUCCAGCGAACCGCAAGGCAUAGCGUUCAUAGAAACAUCGAACCUCGAUGGCGAGACGAACCUUAAGACGCGGCAGGCGCACCCGGACACCGCGCGACUGCAGAACGCGCCAGAGAUGGCCGCCUUCCACGCAACCUUGCAGUGCGAACCACCCAACCGACAUCUGUAUGAGUUUAACGGAAUGCUGAAGGAAACUAACUCGAAGACGCUACCACUAGGCCUGGAACAGAUGUUGCAACGUGGCGCGAUGUUGCGCAACACGGGCUGGGUGCUCGCUGCUGUUGUGUACACGGGACAUGAGACUAAGCUGAUGAAGAACUCCACUAAGGCACCGCUAAAACGUUCAUCAAUCGACCGCCAAACGAACACGCACAUUUUGAUGCUGUUCAUAAUAUUGAUAGUUUUGUCGCUGAUCAGUGCCGCCUUCAACGAACUGUGGCUGCACAGGCGGAGCAAUACGGACUGGUAUAUCGCGUUGGAAGAGGCCCAGAAUGCAAAUUUCGGAUUCAAUUUUUUGACAUUUUUAAUAUUAUACAAUAAUCUUAUACCCAUAUCUCUACAAGUUACUGCUGAAAUUGUCAGAUUUUUUCAAGCCAAAUUCAUAGCGAUGGACAGCGAAAUGUACCACGCGGAAAGCGACACACCAGCAAUGGCGCGAACUUCUAACCUCAACGAGGAGCUCGGACAAGUGCGAUAUGUGUUCAGUGACAAGACCGGCACCCUCACCUGCAAUGUUAUGGACUUCCAUAAGUGCUCUAUUGCUGAGAUCGUAUACAACAAGCCGGGUCCAAACGAGCGGCUAGAGGAUACGCUGCUAUACCACAAUCUACGAGAGCACCCGAGUAAAGAUGAUAUAGCGGAGUUCCUAACAAUGCUGGCCGUAUGCCACACGGUAAUACCGGAAGUGAUUGAUGGAAAGAUUAACUAUCACGCUGCUUCACCUGACGAGCGCGCGCUGGUGCUGGGCGCGGCGUCGUUCGGCUGGGUGUUCGAGGGGCGCACGCCGCACGCGGUGAGCGUGCUGGCGCGCGGCCAGCGGCUGCACUUCGCCGUGCUGCACGUGCUCGCCUUCACCUCCGCGCGCAAGCGCAUGUCCGUCAUCGUGCGCACGCCCACCGGCCAGAUCAAGCUGUACUGCAAGGGCGCGGACUCGGUGAUCUACCCGCGGCUGGCGGGCGGCGGGGGCGCGGCGCCCUACAGUGCGGGCGGCGGGGGCGCGGCGCCCUACGCGGCGGGCACGCUGGCGCACCUGGCACACUUCGCCACGGAGGGACUGCGCACGCUCGUCUUCGCAGUGGCUGAGAUACCCGAACAUGUGUAUAAGGAUUGGUCAAACACAUACCACAAGGCGAGUAUAGCGAUACACGACAGGGAGCAAAAGAUCGAAGAAGCGGCCAUGUUGAUAGAGAACAAUCUAAGACUGCUCGGUGCCACCGCUAUCGAGGAUAAGUUGCAGGACGGUGUCCCAGAAACGAUAGCGUCCCUUCUGCAAGCGAACAUCAACGUGUGGGUUUUAACGGGCGAUAAACAAGAGACAGCCAUUAACAUUGCCCACUCUGCGCGGCUCAUACACGCAGCCAUGCCGCUCGUGCUGCUCAAUGAGGAUAGCUUGGAUGGCACACGAGAAAGCCUAUCCCGCAACUGUUCGGAGCUGGGCGAGAACUUGCGCAAGCAGAACGACAUCGCGCUAGUGAUAGACGGCAAGACGCUCAAGUACGCGAUGGGGUGUGACCUCAAGAAGGACUUCCUAGAUCUGUGCGUGUCGUGCAAGGUGGUCGUGUGCUGCAGGGUGUCGCCCAUACAGAAGGCUGAGGUGGUGGACUUGGUGUCCCGUGCCACAGGUGCAGUGACACUUGCGAUAGGUGACGGCGCUAACGACGUGGCGAUGAUACAGCGCGCCUCUGUCGGCGUCGGCAUCUCCGGUGUCGAGGGGCUGCAGGCGGUCUGCGCGUCUGAUUAUAGUAUCGCGCAGUUCCGAUUCCUCCUGCGUCUGCUGCUGGUGCACGGCGCGUGGAACUACUCGCGCAUCAGCAAGCUGAUCCUCUACUCCUUCUACAAGAACAUCUGCCUCUACGUCAUCGAGCUCUGGUUCGCUAUAUACUCUGCAUGGUCUGGUCAGAUUCUGUUCGAGCGCUGGACGAUAGGUUUCUACAACGUGAUAUUCACGGCGCUGCCGCCCUUCGCUAUUGGACUCUUUGAUAAGAUCUGCUCUCCGGAAAUUAUGAUCAGGCACCCGGUGCUGUACAUCCCGUCGCAGCAGGGGCUGCUGUUCAACGUGCGCGUGUUCUGGGUGUGGGCGGUGAACGCGCUGCUGCACUCGGUGCUGCUGUUCUGGCUGCCCGUGCUGCUCACCUCGCACCACGUGCUGUGGCCCAGCGGCCGGGACGGCGGCUACCUCGUGCUCGGCAACUUCGUCUACACCUACGUAGUGGCGACGGUGUGCCUGAAGGCGGGGCUGGCGACGCACUCGUGGACGUGGGUCACGCACGUGUCCAUAUGGGGCUCUGUCGCCUUGUGGAUACUGUUUAUUGUUAUCUAUAGCAACCUGUACCCGACGAUACUGAUCGGCGCGGUGAUGCGCGGCAUGGACCGCAUGGUGUGCACGUCGCUCGUGUUCUGGCUCGCCCUGCCGCUCGUGCCGCUCGCCACGCUCGUGCCCGACCUGCUCAUCACUGUCAUCCACAACUCGGCGUUCAAAACGAUGACGGAGGCGGUCCGCGAGAGCGAGAUAAAGAAGCGGGACCCCGCCGCGCUGCUCUCGCACCCGAGGCACUCUGAAUCCCCGCGCGGGCUCGCGUGGCGGCGCCGGGUCGCGCCCGAGGCCGGCCCCAGCCCGCGACACGCACAAAAUGGCGGCGCACAACAAAAUGGCGGCGCUCCACAAGAUGGCGGCCGCACCAACUCCCCGCGCGCCCGCCCCCCGCGCCGCCGCGUCUCGCACGUUAUAUGACAGUUCGCCGUCGUCGGCUGAGCGGGGCGCACGUGCCUGCUUGCAUGUCGAAUCUCUCGCGUGUUUUAAUACGAUUGACUGAUACGUUUACAAAUUUUUAGACUAGAUGUUUCUGUCAAGCAGACACGUGGCCUCCGAGAAGCUGUUAAUAUCGAUCGGAUUUGAAUAUUGAAACGUAUUCUGUGAAUACACUAUCGGAUAGAAGCUAGAUGUAAUGUACAUUAUCUCAUUGUAUAUACUCUAACAUUCUACAGAGCGCACGAUGUCGCUGAACAGAUUGUAUUUAUCGAACCAUUAGUAUUUAUAUAGUACAAAUAUUAUUUUUUCACUUUAAAGCUCAUGUAUUGUAUUGUUAAAAGCAAUAAUGUAUGCUCAAUCAUAUAUUCCAAUACGCAAUCCCUACAGCGGCAGCAAAAACAAAACUAUUUUCUCACGAAUUGUUCCUACGUAGCAUGUAUUUAGAUGCAUUUAUAUCGGACGUUCACGUCUCGACACGUAUUCCACACAAAUGUCGAAUACAUUGCGAUGGUAUUGUGAUAUUUUUAUAUUUAUAUCGAUGUUUAGCGACUUGGCCGCAAGAUGGCGUCACUUGAAGUACCUCGUUAGCGGCGCGUCGGCGCUCAAGUGGUAACAUUAAACCUUAGCUAUGUCUUCUGUAGAUUACUUCCAUAGGCUAUAUCGUAAAGAGUUUUAAAUUUGUAAAAUUAAUAUUAAGCUAAUAUCAUUGUUGUUCCUAAUCGAAUUGUUUAUAUGACUGAUUGGAUGGAUUUUGUGAAAAUUUUAUCAUAAGUCUGAUACAUAGAAGAGACUAUAGAUAAUUAUUUGGCUUAUACGCUAGGGAGUUGUUGUUGCUAGUUUGUUGUAGUACAAUUUGCAUUUAGGGUUUGUACAAAAUUAUUGUAAUGUUAAUGUUAAGCUAUUUAAAGUAUUUAUUUUUAAAAACCAUAUGAAUAUCUUUAUUAAGGAUAAGUAACUGAAAAUAUAUCAUUUUUCGUACUUACCGUCAUAAGCUCGAGGCUGAAAUUAAUGCAUUUUUCUAAAAUGUUAUCAUUAUAAUAAGAUUUGGGGUUUUAUUGUUAGUCUUAGAAACGUAUAUUGGUGUUUGUGUGAAAUAUAUAAGAAUAAAAUAUCCUCCUAUCUUUAAUAAGUAAGAUUUGUAUGUUAAACAAAAAAUUGCGUGAUAAUAUACUAAAUUUAAAAUUGUGAUAAAGUAAUUUUUCAUUCAUCAACCUAAUUAUAUGUUUUGUCUCUUUCACUCACAUACAUUUUGACAUUGGGAGAAAUGAGAUAGAAAGCGAUGAGCAAAACAUUUGAAUACUGAAAGUAAAAAAUACAAGCAAAGUUUACAUUACCAUUUGCGUUUACUACCAACAGGAUAGUGUUGUCACCUUUUUCCAAAUGUCAAUUUUUUGAGUGCGAAAGAGACAAACAGAAAAGGUCAAUCACAAAUAAGCAUGGCCUAACUAGGAUAGAAAGUGUAGUCAUAUAAUUUAUCUUUUUUCCUGUAAAUAAUGUAUCGAGCUCAUGUAAGUAGCAUUAGUGAAUGUCCUUACUGAAUGCUUUUUUGCUUUUUCUUCAAUUAUUUUGCACAUAUUAUAUCGAGUCAUCUGUAAAUGUCACAAUUCGUUUAUUGUUUAUUUUUUCCUCGUUUCUUUUUUAUUUUUAUUUUUCUACAACUAGGAAUAAUAUUCAGUUCUUAUGAUGUAGUUUUAUUGUAUCGUUUCAAAAAGACGAAGAAAGAUUUUUAGUUUUUUUUUCUUUUAAAAUUUUCUAGUUAACUUUUCGUCCGCCUUCUUGAGGUAGUUUUAAGCGUGUGAAUUUGUAUUUGUGAAUAAAUUGUUGAUUUACAA